AUGUCACUCCUCUUUGAAGCUCUGGCAAACGGACUGCACCCAGAAGGCCAUUUAAGUACAGUUUGGCAGCACGUCACACGCAGAAUACACGCGAACCAGAGGCGAACCAGGUGCGAACCAGGGGCGAACCAGAGGCGAACCAGGGGCGAACCAGGGGCGAACCAGAGGCGAACCAGAGGCGAACCAGGUGCGAACCAGGGGCGAACCAGACACAGAGGCGAACCAGAGGCGAACCAGAGGCGAACCAGAGGCGAACCAGAGGCGAACCCAGAGGCGAACCAGAGGCGAACCAGAGGCGAACCAGAGGCGAACCAGAGGCGAACCAGAGGCGAACAGAGGCGAACCAGAGGCGAACCAGAGGCGAACCAGAGGCGAACCAGAGGCGAACCAGAGGCGAACCAGAGGCGAACCAGAGGCGAAACCAGAGGCGAACCAGAGGCGAACCAGAGGCGAACCAGAGGCGAACCAGAGGCGAACCAGAGGCGAACCAGAGGCGAACCAGAGGCGAACCAGAGGCGAACCAGAGGCGAACCAGAGGCGAACCAGGGCGAACCAGGGGCGAACCAGAGGCGAACCAGAGGCGAACCAGAGGCGAACCAGAGGCGAACCAGAGGCGAACCAGAGGCGAACCAGAGGCGAACCAGAGAGAGGCGAACCAGAGGCGAACCAGAGGCGAACCAGAGGCGAACCAGAGGCGAACCAGAGGCGAACCAGAGGCGAACCAGAGGCGAACCAGAGGCGAACCAGAGGCGAACCAGAGGCGAACCAGAGGCGAACCAGAGGCGAACCAGAGGCGAACCAGAGGCGAACCAGAGGCGAACCAGAGGCGAACCAGGGGCGAACCAGAGGCGAACCAGAGGCGAACCAGAGGCGAACCAGAGGCGAACCAGAGGCGAACCAGAGGCGAACCAGAGGCGAACCAGAGGCGAACCAGAGGCGAACCAGAGGCGAACCAGAGGCGAACCAGAGGCGAACCAGAGGCGAACCAGGGGCGAACCAGGGGCGAACCAGAGGCGAACCAGAGGCGAACCAGAGGCGAACCAGAGGCGAACCAGAGGCGAACCAGAGGCGAACCAGAGGCGAACCAGAGGCGAACCAGAGGCGAACCAGAGGCGAACCAGAGGCGAACCAGAGGCGAACCAGAGGCGAACCAGAGGCGAACCAGGGGCGAACCAGGGGCGAACCAGGGGCGAACCAGGGGCGAACCAGGGGCGAACCAGAGGCGAACCAGAGGCGAACCAGAGGCGAACCAGAGGCGAACCAGAGGCGAACCAGAGGCGAACCAGAGGCGAACCAGGGGCGAACCAGGGGCGAACCAGGGGCGAACCACACGCGGAGCCACAGUCACCUCUGCCCCAGUGCCCCGUACCUCUGCCCCGCUCUCUGAGCCCCUCCUCACAGCCUCAUGUGGCCCUCAGCCCGGUCUGCGGUCAGCACAGGUGCUGUGCAGUGAGUGUGUGUUGUGUCAUUCAGGUGCUGUACAGUGAGUGUGUGUUGUGUCAGUCAGGUGCUGUGCAGUGCUGUGCAGUGAGUGUGUGUUGUGUCAUUCAGGUGCUGUGCAGUGAGUGUGUGUUGUGUCAGUCAGGUGCUGUGCAGUGCUGUGCAGUGAGUGUGUGUUGUGUCAUUCAGGUGCUGUGCAGUGAGUGUGUGUUGUGUCAGUCAGGUGCUGUGCAGUGCUGUGCAGUGAGUGUGUGUUGUGUCAUUCAGGUGCUGUGCAGUGAGUGUGUGUUGUGUCAGUCAGGUGCUGUGCAGUGCUGUGCAGUGAGUGUGUGUUGUGUCAGUCAGGUGCUGUGCAGUGAGUGUGUGUUGUGUCAGUCAGGUGCUGUGCAGUGCUGUGCAGUGAGUGUGUGUUGUGUCAGGUGCUGUGCAGUGAGUGUGUGUUGUGUCAGUCAGGUGCUGUACAGUGAGUGUGUGUUGUGUCAUUCAGGUGCUGUGCAGUGCUGUGCAGUGAGUGUGUGUUGUGUCAUUCAGGUGCUGUGCAGUGAGUGUGUGUUGUGUCAGUCAGGUGCUGUGCAUCAGGUGCUGUGCAGUGAGUGUGUGUUGUGUCAGUCAGGUGCUGUGCAUCAGGUGCUGUGCAGUGAGUGUGUGUUGUGUCAGGUGCUGUGCAGUGAGUGUGUGUUGUGUCAUUCAGGUGCUGUGCAGUGCUGUGCAGUGAGUGUGUGUUGUGUCAUUCAGGUGCUGUGCAGUGAGUGUGUGUUGUGUCAGUCAGGUGCUGUGCAGUGCUGUGCAGUGAGUGUGUGUUGUGUCAGUCAGGUGCUGUGCAGUGAGUGUGUGUUGUGUCAGUCAGGUGCUGUGCAGUGCUGUGCAGUGAGUGUGUGUUGUGUCAUUCAGGUGCUGUGCAGUGAGUGUGUGUUGUGUCAUUCAGGUGCUGUGCAGUGCUGUGCAGUGAGUGUGUGUUGUGUCAUUCAGGUGCUGUGCAGUGAGUGUGUGUUGUGUCAGUCAGGUGCUGUGCAGUGCUGUGCAGUGAGUGUGUGUUGUGUCAUUCAGGUGCUGUGCAGUGAGUGUGUGUUGUGUCAGUCAGGUGCUGUGCAGUGCUGUGCAGUGAGUGUGUGUUGUGUCAUUCAGGUGCUGUGCAGUGAGUGUGUGUUGUGUCAGUCAGGUGCUGUGCAGUGCUGUGCAGUGAGUGUGUGUUGUGUCAGUCAGGUGCUGUGCAGUGAGUGUGUGUUGUGUCAGUCAGGUGCUGUGCAGUGCUGUGCAGUGAGUGUGUGUUGUGUCAGGUGCUGUGCAGUGAGUGUGUGUUGUGUCAGUCAGGUGCUGUACAGUGAGUGUGUGUUGUGUCAUUCAGGUGCUGUGCAGUGCUGUGCAGUGAGUGUGUGUUGUGUCAUUCAGGUGCUGUGCAGUGAGUGUGUGUUGUGUCAGUCAGGUGCUGUGCAUCAGGUGCUGUGCAGUGAGUGUGUGUUGUGUCAGUCAGGUGCUGUGCAUCAGGUGCUGUGCAGUGAGUGUGUGUUGUGUCAGGUGCUGUGCAGUGAGUGUGUGUUGUGUCAUUCAGGUGCUGUGCAGUGCUGUGCAGUGAGUGUGUGUUGUGUCAUUCAGGUGCUGUGCAGUGAGUGUGUGUUGUGUCAGUCAGGUGCUGUGCAGUGCUGUGCAGUGAGUGUGUGUUGUGUCAGUCAGGUGCUGUGCAGUGAGUGUGUGUUGUGUCAGUCAGGUGCUGUGCAGUGCUGUGCAGUGAGUGUGUGUUGUGUCAUUCAGGUGCUGUGCAGUGAGUGUGUGUUGUGUCAGUCAGGUGCUGUGCAGUGCUGUGCAGUGAGUGUGUGUUGUGUCAGUCAGGUGCUGUGCAGUGAGUGUGUGUUGUGUCAGUCAGGUGCUGUGCAUCAGGUGCUGUGCAGUGAGUGUGUGUUGUGUCAGUCAGGUGCUGUGCAUCAGGUGCUGUGCAGUGAGUGUGUGUUGUGUCAUUCAGGUGCUGUGCAGUGCUGUGCAGUGAGUGUGUGUUGUGUCAUUCAGGUGCUGUGCAGUGAGUGUGUGUUGUGUCAGUCAGGUGCUGUGCAGUGCUGUGCGGUCAGAGCCAUGUCGUCCUACAGCUCUCUGCUGGUCAGUCAGCCCUCUGCCUGCGUCACCCACGUGGAGAUGAACCGACCCGAGAAGCGAAAUGCCAUGAACCGCGCUUUCUGGAGUGAGAUGGUGACGUGCUUCAAUGAGAUCGCAGAUGACCCCGACUGCAGAGUGGUGGUGGUGAGCGGAGCAGGGAAACUCUUCACGGCCGGUAUUGACCUCAUGGAUAUGGCCAGUGACGUGCUGCAGCCAGAAGGCGACGACACGGCUCGAAUCUCCUGGAACAUCCGCAAAAUAAUCGCCAAAUACCAGGAAACGUUCACAGUCAUCGAGAAGUGUCCUAAACCCGUGAUCGUCGCCGUCCACGGAGCAUGUGUGGGAGGAGGUGUGGACCUGAUCACAGCCUGUGACAUCCGCCUGUGCACUCAGGACGCCUGGUUCCAGGUGAAGGAGGUGGACAUUGGCCUCGCAGCAGACGUCGGGACUCUGCAGAGACUUCCCAAAGUCAUCGGCAGUCGCAGUUUGGUGAAUGAGCUGGCCCUCACCGCCCGGAAGAUGUACGCUGAUGAGGCCUGCGGCUGUGGACUGGUCAGAUAA